UCUGUUUUGUUUUUUUUAAGUGAACACGAAUCCUCUCUUUCUUUCUCUCGCUUGCCCUUUCAUGGCUACCAUUCUCAGCGUUGCUCGUCCCUCUCACUUCCCUCUUCCCGCUACAAAAUACCCAAAAAUCUUUCUUAGAGUCCCUCUAUUUACGUCCCUGCCACUUCCAUCCUCUUCUUCUUCUGGCCUUACUUCUUCCUUCCUGGUUAGAAAUGAAGCAUCUUUGUCUUCAUCUUCCACUCCAAUCCAAGCCCUCACAGCAGAAGCCGUCGACUCUUCGGCUUUAGCCUCUUCUUCAAAGCUUGUACUUGUCGUCGGUGGCACUGGUGGUGUAGGGCAGCUUGUGGUAGCUUCGUUGCUCAAGAGGAAUAUUAGGUCAAGGUUAUUACUACGUGAUCUUGAGAAAGCAACUAAGUUAUUCGGUAAACAAGACGAAAAUGCAUUACAGGUAGUCAAAGGGGAUACUAGGAAUGCAGAGGAUCUUGAUCCAUCCAUCUUUGAGGGUGUGACACAUGUGAUUUGUUGCACUGGGACUACAGCAUUUCCUUCUAAGAGAUGGAGUGGAGAAAACACACCUGAUAAAGUAGAUUGGGAAGGUGUGAAGAAUCUCAUUUCAGCAUUGCCCUCAUCGGUAAAGAGAGUUGUUCUGGUUUCAUCAGUAGGUGUGACAAAGUCUAAUGAGCUUCCCUGGAGUAUCAUGAACCUUUUUGGAGUUCUUAAGUACAAGAAGAUGGGGGAAGAUUUUCUUCGGGACUCGGGUCUUCCAUACACCAUUAUCAGACCUGGUAGAUUGACUGAUGGGCCAUACACAUCAUAUGAUCUGAAUACUUUGCUCAAAGCUACAGCCGGUGAACGGCGUGCAGUUGUUAUUGGUCAAGGAGACAAACUUGUUGGAGAGGUAAGCAGACUUGUGGUGGCGGAAGCUUGCAUACAGGCACUUGAUAUUGAAUUCACACAAGGCAAAGCUUAUGAGAUCAAUUCAGUUAAGGGGGAUGGUCCAGGAAGUGAUACGGAGAAAUGGCGAGAGCUGUUUAAAGUUGCAGAAUCCAAAUGAUAAAAGAGGACACUGAGAAAUGUGUACAGAGCUGCUGAAGACGACACAUAUGCCCGAUCGAAUUGUGUAUACACACAUACUCUUCUUUUGGUCUUUGUAAUAAUUAUUUCCAAAUAGAAGAAUUCUUUAAUUAAUUCAUCUGUAUAGUCGAUGAAUAUAUCGACCAAUCCAAAUAUUAGGUUGCACAUAGGAUCCUUCCUAA